AACUUAAUGAAGAAGAAGCUAAGCAGUUGAUAUAUGAAAAUAGUUCUUUUUAUGAUCUUCGAUGGGACAAUAAAGCGUCUGGUGGUCGGUUACCAUAUUAUUCUGGUGGUUCAAAACGUACUCAGCAACGUAAAAAUAAAGAAUUACGGGAGGCAGCACAAGGAUCAAUGAGUUUGGAUAAUUUUUUUAAACCCAAACAAAAAUUUGAAAUUAAAUAUGAAAUGUCAGAUUCUGAUACGAGUGAUUUAGACGUAGCAAAUAAUAAUUCUAUUUCAGAACAAUUAAAUACAUUAAAUAAUAGACUUAAGGAUACAAAAAAUAUGAACGCUUAUGAAUAUCUUCGUCUUCUGGCUGUACAUAAAUACCUUAACGCAAUUUUUUCUCAUGAAGAGUUACAAUCACGUAUAGAAUUAAGCCUUGAAAUAUCACAACAAGUUUUUCAACGUGGUCCAUGGAUGGCACGUUGUAUUCGUGAGUGGUCAAAGAGUUGGAUAACAACUAGGGCCUUACCUGUAUAUAGACAAGGACAACGAAAAUAUACACAAACUCUUAUUAAUGAUGAGGACGUACAAAGUUCUUGCUUAUGUUAUAUUCGUACUAUAGGUGAAAGAAUAACUGCUAAAAAAUUUCAACAAUAUAUUCAGGAAAAUAUCUUGCCACAUCUUACUAGCUCCCGCACUUUAAUUUCAUUAGAAACGACUCGAACUUGGCUUCGCCGUCUUG